AUGGAUUGGGUGAAAGAAUUUCAAUCAGGCACAGUUCAAAUUUCACAUCCGGUAACGUAUAGGAACGAGGUAGAGACACCUGGCUCUCGAUGUCCGACGAGCGGUGAGGUUGGGCUAAUUCUACCGCUUCCUGUUCAAGAGGCAUCACGCAAUCACAGUACAGAUAGCGAGGUGCGAGCAACAACUCUGGAGUACGACUUCGAGGAGCGCGCGGUGGUGCAUAGUACAAAGAUCAAAAAAUGA